CCCCCCUUCUCUCCCUCAAUUCACGGCAACCUCUCGGAAGCGAGCCACCGUCGUCGCAGACUCGCAGCAACGGCCGCGGCGCAUGGUGGUGGAGGAAAUGGAACUCCCAAUCGCCGCCGUGCUGCUUCUUGUUGCUGUGGAACGCCAGAUCAGAGGAGACGGCAGCAGCAGCAGCAGCCACGGCAAGAACCAGUGAGCAUGCAUCAUGUCGUCCAACAUGUUCGGCAAGAAAGGGAGGGACUUGGAUGGGAUGGAUACAUCUGGUGCCGUAUGCAGAAGUUCUUCAGAUAAGAAUUACAGUAAGCCACGGGCAAGAUUGAAGAGUGCGAGCCUAAACUGUGUGGGUUCGCCGCCAAGGCUACACAGCAAUGUCUGCCAGUACCGGAUGUUUGUUGCCACAUGGAAUGUGGGAGGAAAAACUCCUAAUAAACUACUUAAUCUGGAGGACUUCUUGCAGGUUGAGGAAUCUCCUGACAUUUACGUCUUAGGGUUUCAGGAGAUCGUCCCCCUGACCGCCGGCAAUGUGCUCGUCCUCGAGGACAACGAGCCGGCGGCGAGGUGGCUGGCGCUGAUCCACCAGGCGCUGAACAUGCCCAAAGAGCAGGACGACGGCGACGACCCAUCGCCAUCGACGCCGCCGCCGACGUCUUCGUCGUCGGCGGCGGCGGCGGCGUCUGAGUCUUCGAACGGCGCCCGGCACCGACGCCGCGACGCCGUGUCGAGGUCCUCCAGCGGCAACCUCUUCUUCCAGACGCCGUCGCUCAAGGUGCUCAGCAACAGCUACCGCGUGGACAGCGCGCUCGUGAAGACGUGCAACUGCUCUCCGGAGCACUCCUCCAUGCGCCGCAGAGCGGCCGAGAUGCGCGAGUCCGUGUACCGCGCCGACGCCGCGCCCGACGCUGCUUCCACGAGCGCCGGCGGCGACGCGACGACCAGCGGAGUCGUGGUCGACGACGGCAUCGCCGCUUCUUCGACGGAGCCGCAGUGCGAGCCAGGGGACGGCGGCGGCGGCGGCAUGAGCUACUGCCUGAUCGCGAGCAAGCAGAUGGUGGGGCUCUUCCUGUCGGUGUGGGUGAAGAAGGAGCUCGUCGAGCACAUCGGCCACCUCCGGGUGGACUGCGUCGGCCGCGGCAUCAUGGGAUGGCUCGGCAACAAGGGCUGCAUCGCCAUGAGCAUGACGCUGCACCACACCAGCUUCUGCUUCGUCUGCAGCCACCUCGCCUCCGGCGAGAAGGAGGGCGACGAGCUGAGGCGCAACGCCGACGUCGCCGAGAUCGUCAAGAGCGCGCACUUCCCGCGCGCCUGCCGACCGUCGCCGGCUGCCGGCCGUCGCGUCCCGGAGAGGAUCCUUGACCACGACCGAAUGAUCUGGUUUGGUGAUCUGAACUACCGAAUCGCAUUGAGCUACGACGAGACAAGAACGCUACUGGAGGAGAACGACUGGGACGCUCUACUGGAGAAAGAUCAGCUGAUGAUCGAGAGAGAAGCAGGGAGAGUGUUCAGAGGCUGGAAGGAGGGCAAGAUCUGCUUCGCGCCGACGUACAAGUACACGCACAACUCCGACGCGUACGCCGGCGAGACGGCCAAGUCCAAGAAGAAACGGAGGACGCCGGCAUGUGUAGGUGCGACCGGAUACUGUGGCAGGGAGACGGCAUCGAGCAGCUGCAAUACCUGCGCGGCGAGUCGAGGUUCUCCGACCACCGGCCCGUCUGCGGCGUGUUCGCCGUCGAGGUGGCCACGGACGACGACGACAGCGGCGGCGGCGGCAAGAUCAGGAAGGGCUACUUCUCCCUCAACGCCCGGAUCGGCGGCGACGUCAAGGCUGCGCUGCCGCAGUGUCACCAUGGCGACGUGUCGUGAAGCCCCCGUGGCCCCAUGCACUGCAUGAUGGGCCUUGUGUGUAUAAGAAGCUUGUUAAUAUACGUAGACGUUAUCUGACAUGAGACCCAUGACUGAUACUCUUAGCAGAAAUACUAUUCAAAACUAUGUAUAAAGUCUAUUUUCAUAAUCUAAUAGUUCUGAAAUUCAGAAUUAACGGACAGUGAUCAGUGACGGAUCUA